AGUUGGUGGCUCCAUGGAGAAGAAGGUGGUGCUGAUCACAGGCUGCUCCUCGGGAAUCGGUCUCAGCCUGGCUGUCCGGUUGGCCUCCGACCCCAACAAAACAUUCAAAGUCUAUGCCACGAUGAGAAACCUGGCCAAGAAGGAGCGUCUUUUAGAGUGCGUGAAAAGCCUGCACAAGGACACCUUGGACAUUCUCCAAAUGGACGUGACGGUCCGGCAGUCCAUCCUGGAUGCGAGGGACAGGGUUGUGGAGAAGCGAGUGGACAUUCUGGUGUGUAAUGCUGGAGUGGGUUUAAUGGGGCCGCUGGAGGUGCAGUCCUUGGACUCGAUGAGGCAGAUCCUGGAGGUCAACCUCCUCGGUACCAUCCAGACCAUCCAGGCUUUCCUGCCGGACAUGAAGGCUCAGGGCCAAGGCCGCAUCCUGGUCACCGGGAGCACCGGAGGGCUUCAAGGUCUGCCCUUUAAUGAGGUGUACUGUGCCAGUAAAUUUGCGAUAGAGGGAGCAUGUGAGAGUUUGGCCGUCCUCCUGCAACACUUCAAUAUCCACGUGAGCCUCAUUGAGUGUGGUCCAGUCAACACUGACUUCCUGGUCAACCUGCAGAGGGCCGAGCUCGGGGAUGCGUCUCUACAACAGGUCGACGCCCUCACCCUCAGCCUCUAUGAAAAAUACCUGCAGCACUGUGGCUCUGUUUUCCAAAACUUAGCACAGGACACGGAGGACAUUGUGAAGGUGUUUCUGGAUGCCAUCCAGUCACCCAGCCCUGCUUUCAGAUACUUCACCGGCAGUGGAGUGCCUCCUCUCACCAAACUGAAGUUCACAGAUCCAGAUGGCUCGCAGUACAUCAGUGCUUUGAGCAAAAUCAUGUUCUCAGCUGAGGAACAAUAAUUUUGCCUUGUUUUCAUGUGCACAGUUCAAAAACAUUUUUUAUUUCUGUUUCGAUUUA